AACCGUUCCUUCCCCACCCCCAGGAAUUUACCCAUGGCGCCAAAUGAAUAGCAGUGGGCUACCUGUGCAUCACUAAUGCCCCUUGGGCUCCACCCCAAGCCUAAGCUGCACCUAUGCCCCUACUCCACGUGUCUGACUGAGAGAAUCUCAGCGCCCGGAGACCUGAAGGGUUAGGGGGUCUCUCCCCGAAUUCUUAAAAUAAAGGUCAUUUAUAUUUCAUACUUCUUAUCUUUCCAGCCGCGCCAAAAUUCUAUCAAAGGCCCGGCUGGGAAGUGCAGGCCGGCCUUGAAGUCGGGCAACCCUCCUGCCUCGUCCUCCCGGGCGCUGGGAGAACGGCCUUGCUUUUUCCGCAGUUUUCUAGUCCCAUUUUCCGCUUGGUCUCCAGCCUUUUCCCUCCUCUGUCCCGACGCUGGCCGGUGGCCCAGGUUUCCAGGUGGACUGGCCUGGCCCGGUGACCUGGAUGUCGGGGCGCGCGCGGCCCCCUCCCCGUGUUGUCCCCGGCUGAGUCACGCGGGAGGCGUAGAAGGUGUCCCGGGAUCGGGUUCUCCGCUUACAAAUAUAGCCGCUGAGCACAGGCCGGACCGGCGGCACCUCUGCGGGUCGCUGCGUGGUGUAGACGGAUCGGGCUGCGGCCGGGGAGGGUCUCACUGUGCAGUUCAGGCUGGCCUUGGAUUCAUGCUGAUCCUCCUACCUCAGCCUCCCAAGCGCUGGGAUAACAGAGGUAAUUUCGUGCUUCCAAAAUGGGGCACAAGGUGGUGGUGUUUGACAUCUCUGUGGUCAGAGCCUUGUGGGAAACCCGAGUCAAGAAGCACAAAGCCUGGCAGAGGAAGGAGGCAGAGCGGCUGGAGAAGAGUGCGCUGGAAAAGAUAAAGGAAGAGUGGAACUUCGUGGCCGAGUGCCGGAGGAAGGGCAUCCCCCAGGCUCAGUACUGCAAGAAUGGCUUUGUGGACACCAGCACGCGGCUUCUGGAAAGGAUGGAGCGGGCCUCCCUGACCAGGCAGAGCUCACAGGCCAAGGCUGGGGCCAGACACAGCAGCCCGUUUGUGUUUGAGCUCUGCGGAGAGCACUGGAAGGAGCUCCCCGAUUCGCUGAAGGAGCAGACACACCUGGAGGAGUGGCACAUAAGCAACACGCUGAUUCAGCUCAUUCCUACCUACAUCGAGCUGUUUGAGGCCAUGAGAAUCCUGGAUCUGCCAAAAAACCAAAUAUCGCAUCUUCCAGCUGAAAUUGGUCGUCUGAAGAACCUGAGAGAGCUCAAUGUGAGUUUCAACCACUUGACAAGCGUUCCUGCCGAGCUGGGGGACUGCACGCGUCUGGAGAGACUGGACUGCUCCGGGAACCUGGAACUGACUGAGCUGCCAUUCGAAUUAAGUAAUUUGAAGCAGGUUACAUUCGUCGAUAUCUCUGCAAACAAGUUCUGCAGCGUCCCCGUCUGUGUCCUGCGCAUGCCCCGGCUGCAAUGGCUGGACAUCAGCGGCAACAACCUGAGCGACCUGCCCCAGGACAUAGACAGGCUGGAAGAGCUCCAGAGUUUUCUCCUGUAUAAAAACGAGCUGACCUACCUGCCCUACGCCCUGCUCAACCUCAAGAAGCUCAGCUUGCUGGUGGUCAGUGGGGACCAUUUAGUGGAGUUUCCAAGUGCCCUCUGUGACGGGUCCUUGCCUUUAAAGUUCGUCAGCCUCAUGGACAACCCUAUCGCUAAGCCUGGCCAGGAGGAGGAAGAGGAGAUUGCGGAAAGCGAGCAGGACCGCCGGCACUUCGAUAAGGAAUUUAUGAAGGCCUACAUUGAAGAUCUUCGAGAGAGAGAAUCUGUUCCCAGCUACACCACCAAGGUAUCUUUCAGCCUCCAGCUUUGAGGUCGUCCUCUGGAAGCCUGCACUCGCCGUCUGUGGAGCUGAGUCCUUGUGUGUGGGUCGUGUCCUUCAGGGGUUAUGACAUGCUUCACGUCAAAGCCUAGGAACCACUGUGGUUGGGGUUGUUUAAAAAAAAUAACUUUCAAGCUGAGUGUGGUGGCCUACUCCUAUGACCCCGGCACUCAGGAGCUGAGGCAAGUGGAUCGCCAUGAGUUCGAGGCCAGUCUGGGUGACAUAGUGAAUUCAGGGCCAGGCUGGACUACAGAGUAAGACUCUGUCUCAAAAAUGCAAAGGGGAGAGCUGGGGAUUUAGCUCAGUGGCAUAAGCACCUGCCUUGAAAGCAGGCAGUCGUGAGUUCGAUCCCCGGUACCGAUAAAAAUGAAAAAGACAAAAAAAAAAAAAAAAUUGUUCUGUUAAAAAAGCAAAGGGGAAAAGUUUCAAAUUUGUCAAGUCCUCCGUGGGUUUGAGACUUGAUAAAUUAUACAUGAAUAUCCUCAGGCUCCUUUAUGUAUUCUUGUUUUCAAAGAAUGCACAUUCAGGGGGUGGGGAUAAGCGCCUGCCUUGCAAGCAGGCAGUCAUAAGUUCGAUCCCCGGUACCAAUAAAAAAGAAAAAGACAAAAAAAAAUUGCAACUGAAUGACCAAAUUCUGAGACUGAGUUCACUGCUCAGGCACCAGGGCUAAGGGACUGUGGAAAGAGCAUUUCUAUGGACUGUACAGAGGAGGGCUUUGCUGCCACUGGGAAAACACCUCCGUGUGUUCUUCCUUUACUGAGAAUAACGUUCCUUGGGUUUAUACAGACUGCUGUCUCCAGAUGCUUUAUUUAUUUUUUUAAUUUUGUUUUUUAGGGUACCGGGAAUCAAACUCAUAACCUUGCACUUGCCACACAGGUACUUAUACUGCUAAGCUCUGGAUACUGCCCGGUCCCUCUCUGGAUACUUUAAAUUGCGCUUUGGGGUGUGUUUUAAACUCUAACCUGGCUCUCCUGAGACUUCACAUUCGGUCUGCACCCCGUGGCCCAGAGGAGGGGCCGGGAGGUCACCAUGUUGGGGGCUGAGACCCUGGAGAGGGCGGGGGUCUGUCUGGUCCCGGGGAGCGUUGAGUGCCGGUGUGGAUGCCACCCCAUCCUGGUGCUCACCUUGUAGGUCUGAGGCUUCCUCAGGAUGAGCAGCAGGGGCCUUGUCCUCUAGGCUGUGUCCUCCAUGAUGGUCAUGUAGCACAGAGGACAUAAGCAGGCCACCUGGAUGAGGGUGAUAGGGUUCUUAGGGAGCCCUGCAGGGCAGCCAUAUCCUUGGCCACUAUGGGCAAAGACCGCCCAUCUGGGGCUGGACUCCUCUGGCGCAAUAUGCCAAGGGUAUUUUCUCCCAUUGUCCUAGGUCUAGAUAAACAGGAAGUGGCCUAUUGUCUAGAGGAGCCCAAAGAAAGGACCCCCCCACCUGUUGUCACCGAAUGGCCUGGGGCUCCCAAGCCCCAAGCAGUGACUUCUGCCACCCAGCAGCCAACUCAAAAAACAGGAUUUAAAACAGCUGCCUAAAGGUGGACGGCCAGGUAUAGCCAAGGCGAGCUUUGGGAAGUUCACCUGGGGCGGGAAGAAAGGGUGAUUUUUAUUUUCUCAUACUAGAGGAGCUGAGCUGUUCCCUGAGCACACAUUUGGAAAGGGUUCUGUGGUGUUUUUCCCAUGUGAGUCUUUGGAUUUCUCUAGAUACUUUAUCAUCCAUGGCUGCAGGCUCAGCAGAGUGUGGUGAGUCCUGUAGCAGUACUGUGACACAGGAAACAAAACUCUGAAAAGCAGAUUAAAGAGUGGAAGAGUAGGGAAAGAAGUCACUUUGAGCCUUAGACAACUGUUUUUUUCUUCUUAACAUUUAAGAAAAUAAAAUUCAGAUUUAUUAGUUGUACUUCAGGGAGGAUUUUGGAAUUUUUUGUUAAAUAUAGUCAAAUGGAAACUGUAAAUGGGGGAGGAAUUUCGGGCUCUGAUGCAAUUAGACCACCUGUAAUUUAUGCAAAUGUUAUUUAAUAAAAUCAGUCUUUUGUGUAAAAACUUUA